CAAAAGAAAAAUGACUCAAAGCGACUAUAUCGAAAGUUCGGAACACAUCAAGGACACUCAAAUCGGUUACUGUAAAUACGGCCACGGUCCGAACUACAUUCUCGCGAUUUGCGGUGCUGUCGGCUGCUAUAAAAAAGAUUGGCCACUCAAAUUGCUCUCUCAUUUCCCACCAGAUCAGGUCACAAUUGUUGGGAUUGAUCCUCCAGGUUACGGUACCUCAAGACCUCCAGAGCGAAAACAAGAAGUUCAGAGAUGUAUGAAGGAUAGUGAAUAUUGCCUAGGGUUAAUGGAGACCCUGAAACUAGAGCCGUUCACCGUGAUGGGGUGGUCAGAAGGUGCUAGAACAACGGUCCACGUGGCAGCUAAAGGAAAGGAAAAAGUGAAUCGAAUGAUUGUAAUGGCUGGUGCAACAAAAGUUAAUCAUCUAGGAGCCAUGGCUUUCAAGGGAAUGCGUGAAACAAAUCAUUGGCUAGCAGCCGGUCGUCAACCAUAUUUGGACCAUUAUUCGCCGGAAACACUCCGGACACAAUGGGCGGCACUUUGUGACGUCGUAGAUCAAGUUCACUCGUUCUGCGGUGGCCGUUUCCCGUGUGACCUGGUACUUCCACAAGUCAAAUGCCCGACACUAGUGAUGAAUGGUGGAUUGGACCGGUUCUGUGGUGACCCGAAUGUAUGCUUCAUCCCAGUGCUCAAGAGUUUGGCAAAAGUUGAGAUUCAUGCACAAGGAGGACACGAUUUUUAUUUGAAAUAUCCCAAAUGGUUUUCCGGAAAGGUUCUGGAAUUCUUGAAGAGCACGGAGAAGAAAUGAUAAAUAUAUGAAAUUUGUAUUUUGUAUUUUGUGAAGAAUAAAGUUUAUAAAAAAUUC